AUGGCUACAUCUGUCCUCGCCUAUUCAUUCGAUCAACUUAAAGGCUUCAACCCACUACAACAUUUGGGCAAAAGUGCAUUAGCUGGUUUGGUGGGCUUAGGCAUUGUCUACAACGAUCGUGCAGCCUUUGAUGAAAAGCGACCGGAUAUUGCUCAAGAACCUGGCUGGCCCAUCCUUGGUAAUAUCCCUAUCAUCCUUAAAUGGGUGCCCUACUUUCACGAAUUUGGUGUUGAAGCAUUCACACGUAUGGAUCAACUCACUGUCAAAAUGAGCGUUUGUGUGGUGCCGCAUUAUAUCGUUACGAUCAAUCCCCAGAAUGUAGAACACCUUCUCAAAACCAACUUUGAAAACUACAUCAAGGGACCAGAAUUCCAUACAGCUUUGGGGGAUCUUUUUGGCCAUGGCAUCUUUAACGCUAACGGUGAAGAAUGGCGAUACCAACGCAAAACGGCAUCCAACGUGUUCAACAUCCGUAAUUUCCGUGAUCAUUUCACCGAUGUCUUUGUGGAGGAAAUUGAGCUCAUGUCUCACCACAUUCUCGAUAAGGCUGCCGAUGAGUGUCAGGUGCUCGAUUUCCAUGAUCUCAUGUACCGUUUUACGCUUGAUUCGUUCAUCCUUUUAGGAUUCGGUGUGCAACUCAAUGGGCUCAAGACUGAAGGCAAGGUUCCUUUUGCAGAGUCUUUUGAUCAAGCUCAAAAGAACACCUUCUUGCGCUUCAUCAACCCAUUUUGGCGUGUGAGCGAUGCCCUAUCCAAAGUUUUGUUCCCUACAAGCCAAAGCAUGGAUGAUCAUUUAAAGGUGGUCGACACCUUCGCUCGUGAAGUUGCUGAGAAGCGUCGUGGUGAAUUGGCUAGCGGCAUGGAGUUCCGUGAUCUUUUAUCCCGUUUCAUGACGGCACACAAUAACAAGGGUGAACCUCUUAACAACGACGAACUACGCGAUAUUGUGCUCAACUUUGUCAUUGCUGGUCGUGAUACCACAGCACAAGCUUUAUCGUGGGGAUUUUACAUGUUGUGCUGCCAUCCACGUGUCGAACGCAAGCUUUAUGAGGAAAUUAAAGAGUUCAUUGACGACUCUAUCAUGCACGAUUCAGCUGCUCUCUAUGAGCGUAUCAAGGACAUGAAAUACGCUCAUGCUUUCUUCUACGAAGUGCUACGCUUGUACCCAUCCGUGCCACUCAACAUGAAAUAUGCCUUGGAGGAUGACAUUUGGCCUGAUGGUACGCAUAUCCAAAAGGGCGAUUAUAUCCUUUGGUCCCCAUUUGCUCAAGGCCGUUCCGAAAAAGUCUGGGGACCCGAUGCUCGAGAAUUCAAACCUGAACGCUGGAUUAAACCUGAUGGUGAAUUGCGUCGUGAAUCACAAGGACAAUGGCCUGCUUUUCACGCUGGUCCUCGCACAUGUCUUGGACAAAACCUUGCCACACUUGAAGCGAUUGUCGCUAUUAUCUUUUUGGUGAAACGGUACCAAUUUGAAUUGGUCCCUGGCCAAGAAGUCACUUAUCAAGUAUCGCUUACUUUGCCCAUGAAGUAUGGCAUGAAGGUGACCGUGAAGAAGCGAGAAUAA